AUGAGCCGCUUCAAGGACGACGACAAGGAGCGCUACCUGACCUACUCGAUCGUCGUGCGGCAGGCGGACGAGGAGAAGGGCAUCAAGGAACAAGUCGUGACGAAGAAGAUGGCGAAGUUCAUCGAUGGCGGCCCCAAGGAGUUUUUAGAUUGGACGUACCACUUUUUCCAGCUCGCCAAGCUGAAGGAGUGGGGCCCCGAGGACAAGUUCCACAACACCAAGAUCCUGCUCGAGGGUGAUCUGCUCGACGCGUUCAAUCACUACGAAGCAAGCGCAAACGACGGCGACAUGCGCAUGGGGGACGACGACUUCACCAAGGCUCUUUAUCAAGCCUCAAUCGUGGUCGAGAUGCUCCCUCUUCGAGUGGACUAA